AAUAAUUUAUACAAUAAUUUACGCAUGCCAUCGCAUACUAUAACGGAUUACGACCGAAAGGAUUGUUGUCUACCAAACGGAUUAAAACACAAAUUACCAUUUUAUACAACCGGUCAUUUCAUUUUUCCAAUUACCACCUAAAACGAACUAUCAAUAAUAGAUGCUAUGAAGGCAACAAACUGUCCAACAGCUCAAGUAGCCCAUUCAACAGCAAAUGCUACGCCACUCAUAAGCAACAUCUCGGUUGCAGCAUCGGCAUCAAUCAGUGUUGCAACGCCUACAAAUUCCACAGCAUCAUCGUCAACAUCGUCGUCAGCGAAUACAACAAGUACGAAAUUAAAAUCAGCUCUCAAAGUGCCAAAAGUUAGUUUUGCUCCGCUUGACUUUACACCGCCUCCUCAUAUUACGUGAUACGAAAAUAUGCCACAUAACAAUAUUGUUUGUGAGUGGUUAAGAGCUUUAGGUUUGCAACAGUACGCAGAAAGUUUCAUGGAGAAUGGCUAUGAUGAGUUGGAGAUUUGUAAGCAAAUCGGUGAAAUUGAUUUAGAUGCGAUUGGUGUGGAUAAUGCCCAACAUCGUAGUAAACUGCUGAAGAGUGUGCGUACGCUGCGUGAAAAGGGCGCUGCACUGGUGUAUGUCAUGAUCAAUGAUCCGAAGGCAUUGAGUAGUAGUAAUGAAAUUUUAGCGGCCGAAUGUGAUACACCAACAACGAUGAAAGAAUUAGAAUCUGUGAUUAAGAGACAUUUAGAGGCGGAUGGGAUACGACUAACGGCUCAUCCCUAUUCAACGCCGGAAGGCAAACGUGGCUACUUGGAGGGUCUAGCAGCCCACUAUAGUAAAGAAGUCAAUAUGCCUUAUGAAGAUGUGUUGGAUGCCAUUGAAUUUGCACGCAGUGCGAAAUGGCGGGAACGUCAUAUGCGAAUGGCCACUAGCGGCAGCGGAGGUAACACAGGGACACUAAGAAGAGGCAAUAGUAGUGGUGCCAGUGGCAGUUUUGGCAUGGGCGUCAGUGCCAUGAUAACAGGCAACAUAGCUAAUCAAGCCAUUUUACCCUCAAGUCAUAGUCAACCAUUAUAUGUACCCGGAAAAUAUUCGCCCUCUAGUUGUCUUUCGAAUCGUGAGGAAAAUGAAAUCUAUAGUUAUGCCCAAAAUGAGUUGGCCAAUCGUAUGGCACGUAGUGUUAUUGAUUCAAAAUCAUCAGUUAAUUUAAGUAGCGGCAUGCAGCACAGUUAUCCAGGAGCACGGUCUAAUUUCUUUUAUGAAUUUGCAGCAACAGAAGGCCGUAACAAGCAUAAAAGACGUACGGUAUUUGCUCGUUUUAUUAACGGUUUACGACAAACUGGCGAUGAACUAAAUCCAACUGAAGGCAUGCAACUAAAGACUUCGGAAAAAAUAAAAAGCUGUGGUACCAUGAAACGUGUAGAACCUCAUCAAAAUUUUGAAGAAACAAUACAAAGGUUAAAAAAUCAAAAGGCCAGAAAAAAGAUACAACAUGAUAAAGGCAUACAUGACCGCAACAAGGAUAUUACAUCACAUGCAAUGACAACAAAUGACAUGUCUUUAAAUAACUAUACAAAACAUCCAUAGCAACAGCAGCAACAACAACAACUACAACAGGCAAAUUAAACAAGACAAAAACUACAAAAACUUUAAUAAUAAUGCACCCAUACUAUCACUAACACGCACUUGCAACAUUCGAAUGGUUACAAACGGAUAUGAAAAACUUUAAGAGCAGCAAUAUUUGCCACAAUUUUAAAGAACUUGACUAAAUGUUUAUUGGUGGAAAGUGGGUGGUUGUAUAUAGAAGUAAAUGGGUGCCGUUAUUGUGUAUUCAUCAUUACGACUGCAGACUCUCCAACUCGUCAGCAUUGAUGCAACAUUAUACAUACAAUAUUAAAGUGUUUUCCAGUUUUUAUUAUUUUGUUUUUGUUGCUGAUGUUGUUGUUAUAUGAUGGCAUGCAGUAAGUAAACAGCAAGAAAUGAAAACACUUUUUAAAUGCACUUUAUGCAUACAAUCAAACAUUCCAACACAUAAGGCAACAAACAUACUUAAACACUUAAAUAUACAAAAAAAAAAAAAAAAAAAAAACAGAAAACACAUGCAAAUAUAAAGGAAGCAAUACACUCACUGGACAGGCAAUACAGAAACAUACAUACACAUUUGUAUAAGGAGCAUAGGAGAGUUAAACGUUUAUUUACUAACAACCAUCAUCUGUAUCAGUAUCAUCAAUAACAGAAGCAGCAACAACAUCAGCCAAAACAACGACAGCAGCACCAACAACAAAGAAGUAGUUGAAGUAAGUGUAACAGUAAUAUUGUAGGCACAAUACAACACAACUUGCUACAAACUGCAACAACUUCUCUGCAACAUCUUCAUUAUCAUCAAAACCUAGUUAAAAUGUACAGAUGUAUCUAUGUACAUAUGUAUGUGUAUUAGUAUAAACUAAAGCUGUCUCAGUAUUAGCAUUAACUUUAUCGAUCGAUACCAGAUAGAUAGAUGUUUGGUUGGUUGCUUGCCUAGCUGGUUGUUUGCCUGGCUGGAUGGAUAGAUAGAUGAAUGGAUAGACGGAUGGAUGGAUGCACUGAUGAUUAUAUCUACUUGCUUACUACAUACAUAUGUAUGUUCGUUUAAUCGUGUACUGGUUUUAUAGAGCAAAGAUACAUUGGAUUUGGUCAGGAUAUCCUUCAUAGUUUGUAUAUUUUAUCCUUCACCUUACAUAUGUUAUUCUAUAUGCAUUGUAUGUAUGUAGGUACGUCCAAACAUAAUGUUUUUUUAAUACACGCAUCAAUCGAAUCAACAUCAUACAUACAGUGGUUCAUAUAAAAAAAUACUCAGGAUAAAGCUUUAUAACUGCUAUAAAUAUUACUUGUAUCUGGAAACGAUUUUAUAGUAUUUUGGUGUCGAAUUGGCUUCAAAUACCUUGAUCUUGGCGCUACUGGUAAUUAAAUUUAUAGUCUUCAUCUUCAU